UGAGCCGGGUGUAGGGCGAGGGGCGGACAGUGUUGUGGCUCGGCCAGUUUGUGUACACUUGAGCACUGUCAAAUCUUGCCUCGGCCCACCUACCCACUUGCUCUCUGGACAUUUGCCUCAUGUCCUGAAUGUAAUUUGCUUUUUAUGUGGGAGUUUUCUCUAAAAUAUGUUCAUAUUUCAAGGGUCGAAUUAUUGAGAUUUAAAAAAUGAUGAUGGCAAAGGACAAAUUAUUGAAGCCACGUCAUAAUAUCUGUUAAGGAUCUGUGAUGUUGCUGCUUUCCUACAUGUUGAAAAUAUGUGAAGCAGAACUCAAUGUUGUGCUAACGAGAGCAUAUGUAAGAAGAUUAGAAUGUCUUUAAAUUUAGACAAUGACGCUCACAGCAGUAAGAGAGAGGAACUGUUGUCUAGUUUACUUUCAGCAGUUCAAGGAUGUCAGGUGAGGUUUGGAGGACGUGCUGAGCUUGCCACUGAAACAGAUGAAAGAGUUGCAUCGCUAUGUACCAGGCUUGAGUUUGCAUUAUCUCACGGCCUCAAAUUGCAUUCCCCCAGCAGAGGUAUUACUGCAAUUAAGCAGGUGAAGGAGAUGGUGACAUCUGGGCUAAAUCUUCAUCUUAGUCUUCCUGGUUCUGACACAGAGGUUCCUGUUUUGUGGUGGUAUGUACGAGAGCUCUUAACCCGGCAUGAGUAUGAGCGUUUUCUUCUCCUGAAGAAUAUAACCACUGAUGUUGGCAGAGGUCGUGCGUGGCUAAGGAGUCUGCUCAACGAACAUUCCCUUGAACGUUAUAUGCAUGUAAGUUUUUACACAGGUAAUGCAGUGGUUCCACGAAAGAGAGAUCUGAGAAGAAGGAAAAAGAAGAUACCCUCUCAGUUAAUAUCCUUUGAUGAGGACCUUUCAAGGCCUGAUCGACCAGAUGUAAAUUCACCAUUAUACCACAGUGCCCCUACGACAUGUCUCAGCUCCCCUGCUCCAACCACAGCUGGUUCAACACCAUAUGCUGACCGCUUGGAGAGCUUGGCACAUCUUCGAGAACUGCAACAGGCUAAGCAAGUUCUUAAAUCAGCCAAUGAAUCAUCUAACAGCCAAAAGAACCAUUCUAGAAAUUAUCAAGAAAUGGGAAAUUCCAGUGAGAAAUUAGGAGCGGAAAAUGAGAUUGUGAGUCCUCUUCAAGACACUGAUGGUUUAGAAACCAGCCAUAUUACCAUUGGCAAGAAUGCCACUUAUGAUGAUGAAUCAUUGAAUGAACCUAGUUACCAUCAGUUGUUUGAAAAUAUAUUGACAAAGAAGCAUGAUGAAUCUUUUGAUACUAGUGGUACUAUUUUGAAUGGCAACAACAGUGCAUCAGGUAAUUUGCCUCUGUUGAAAUCUCAACGCCCCAAUAAUCUUUAUGAUCAAGAAACUGGAUCUUACAAAUCUAGUCAAUCCAAUCUGUCAGGAGACAGUUUUCCAUCAAGUGAAGGUGAAACAGGAGCUGUAUUCACUCCAGUGGGUGGAAAUGAUGUCGGGGGACUGAUUCCCAUGAGCCCGAGAGGCCUUGCAUCCUUUGAUGGCAUUCGCUCAGAUGAUGAAACAUCUAUUAAUAGCUACACUCAGGAGGUUGAUGAAGCGGCAGCAGCUGUGGCCGAUAUUGUCGGAGCUCAGGGUAGGGCCGGGAUCAUUAGUCCCAGCUCUGUGUCCUCUACCUUACCCAGUCCUUCAAGUGGUGACACUACAUUAACAGUAGAUGAACUAAAAUCAGCUGUUUUAGAGAUAAGUCGUGCUCGAGAUGCUGCAGAAGGUCGUAGAGUGGAAGUAGCAGCAGCACUUAGUCAGGAAAUGGAAACAACAUCAAUGCUCAGAGCAGAGAUAGCUCUUCAACAGAGUCAGCAUCAAGAAACUCUUGAUAAAUUGAAUAUGAAAAUCAGUACACUUACCAGGGAAAAUGAAUUAUUGAAACACCAGUUAAAGAAAUAUGUAGGAGCAGUGCAACUUCUUCGGCGUGAAGGAAACAGUGAAGGAGGAGUUACACCACCCAGCAAACCUACCCCAGAUUACCGAGAUUACCACCAUGAAGCUGCUGCUUAUGAGAAGAAACUUAUUCAGGUUGCAGAAAUGCAUGGAGAAUUGAUGGAGUUUAAUGAACAGCUACACAGACUAUUAAGGAUACGGGAAGCACAGGUUCGCCAACUCCGUGAGCAGCUGGUAGAACUCAGAGGUCCUUUGCCUGAUGAACAUGAUGAUAAUGAGGAUUUUCAAGAAACUACAAGUAUCACCAGUGACUUGGACACAUUCGCUAGUUCGACCACCCCACGUACUCUCAUCAACAUUUGGAUACCAACUGCCUUCCUUACUGGUACUUCUGCUGACACUCAUCAUGUUUACCAGAUAUACAUUCGUAUUCGAGAUGACGAGUGGAAUGUUUAUCGUCGGUUUGCUCAGUUCUAUGAGCUUCAUAAGCAACUUAAAAAAAGGGAACCCAUUGUCAAGUCCUUUGAUUUUCCCCAGAAGAAAACAUUUGGAUAUAAGGAUGAUAGUGUAGUGGAAGAACGUCGCGUCCGCCUCCAACAGUACAUUCGACAAGUGGUGAACUUGCUUCUCACUUCCCAUCCACAGCUCACAUCAUCACCAGAUAAACCAACAUUUACAAGCUUAUUACCAUUUUUCGCAGAUGUUCAUCAACCCCAGUGUAGUGGUGGUAGUAGCUCGACCACCAGAACGAAAACAUCAAGAAGAGGAGUCCUGUCUCGAUUUUCUGCUUCUCGUCAAGAUCAACAAUCUCGCGUCGUACCAGAUUUACCACAUUAUAAUGGCUUAUAAUAUCAAA